AUGGCUAGCAUCGGUACUUUGUACGGCCCUCCUCAGGGUGCUAAGGUUACGCGUGUCCUGGCGGCCGCGAAGGUGAAUGGCCUGCAGAUCGACUUCGAGCCGACUCUGCCGGUUGUGGACUCGCACAAGCCUGAGUUCACGGCCAAAUUCCCUCUGGGUAAGGUCCCCGUGUUUGAGGGCUCGGAUGGUCUCAUCCUCACCGAGUCGCGCGCGAUCCUGCGUUAUGUGGCCGGUCUCUCGGACAAUGCCAAGCUCCUGGGCUCGGACCGUCACUCGUCAGCCCUGGUCGACCAGUGGAUCAACUUUGCCGACGACCAGAUCUUCAACAACGUUGUGGUGCUCUUCAAGAUGUUCAACCACUUGGUGCCCUACAACAAGGUGUACGAGCAGGGUGCGUGGGCCGAGAUUGAGAAGGGUCUUGGUGUGCUGGAGACCCACCUCGUGGUGCAGACCUACGCCGUGGGCCACCGCCUCACCGCGGCUGACUUGGCCCUGGCUUCGACCCUGGGUAACCUUUUCAUCCGCUUUGCUGGUCCUGAAAUCCGCGACAAGUUCCCCAACGUGAAGCGCUUCUACCAGACGAUUGUGAACCAGAAGGUGUUGGCUGGUGUGUACUCGGGCGAGUUUGCCACGGAGACGGCCAAGUACGUCCCUCCGAAGAAGGAGGAGAAGCCCAAGAAGGAGAAGCCCAAGGCGGCGGAGCCUUCGAACUCGGACCUGCAGGAUGCUAAGCCUGAGAAGGCGAAGAACCCGCUGGAUGAUCUGCCCAAGUCGAGCUUCAUUCUCGACGAGUGGAAGCGUGUGUACUCGAACGAGGACACUCGCUCGAAGGCUCUCCCGUGGUUCUACGAGCACUUCGACUGGGACGGCUACAGCGUGUGGCGCUUCGACUUCAAGUACAACGACGAGCUGACGCAGAUCUUCAUGAGCGCCAACCAGAUUGGUGGCUUCUUCACCCGUCUCGAGGCCAGCCGCAAGUACGUCAUGGGCACGGCCGGUGUGUUUGGUAAGCCGAACGACAGCCUGAUCUCGGGUGUGGUCAUUUGCCGCGGCAAGGACUACGAGCCUGUGCUCAGCGUUGCGCCGGAUCUGGACAGCUACACUGUCACCCCGCUUGACCUCAAGAAGGAGGAGGACAAGAAGUUCUUCGAGGACAUGCUGGCGUGGGAGGCUGUGAUUGACGGCAAGGAGUGGGCUGACGGUAAGAUGCUCAAGUAA